UAACAUUAUGCACAGGAGAAUGGUAGCCUGCAUCCAUGGCAACAAGUAUACACAGAGUUUGAAGCAGAAUGGCCCAAGAAGGAGAAGCACAAUGCACCAUAUCAUUUGGGACAACUCAGGACAGGAAGCUUUUUCCAUACUACUGUGCUCCUGAUCGUCUAGGAAAUGAGCUGGCACCUCUGCGGGGUGCACCUCAGCGUGGACCUGGAUGCUAUGAAAAUGAAGCAGUGAGCAGUUUUAUAUACUACUUACAGAAGAAACCAGAAAGCAAAAAAGGUUAUACUUUAGGAGCAAGGACAGCCAAACGAUUCCCACCAGAAGUGCAGAAUGUGGCACCAGCCCCAACAGCAUACCAGCUAGAAUGGUCUAAAGAGCGUACUUUCAAGCCCUCAUCGGCUCCCUUCAGCAUCAGCGCAAACAGAUUCCAAGAGAAAACUGAAUCAACAGUGCUUACUCCUGGCCCAGGUAGUUAUGAACAUGAUGUUGCAAGAAACCAAAAAGUCUCCUGGCCGAUGAAGUUUGAUCGUCCUGACUGGUCCCUUGUGCCUUCUCUACCGAAAAGAACUCUUAGAACAGAGCUAGUAAGUGACAAGGAAUUCCGAAAACAUCGAAACAGAGUGGCAUACCUCAGCCUGUAUUACAGCUAAACAUUUCAGUACUGCUUGGUAAAAUACGAAAUGUUCCAAUAUCACUGUGAUAAAUGGAUAACAGCAGAGCUGCUAUUUCUCACAGCAGACAUUUUUCAAAAUGCUUCAAAAGCAAUUAUUCAUACUCCAUUAUAUGCCUUUGUCAUCCAGUGUAUAGAUGUAUAUCAUAAUAUCACAUCUGCGUUAAUGAACUGGGCACAGUCUUUGAAUUAUAUGGAAUCUGAUUUAAUACUGUGCUUCAAAUUGCAAAUCGUGUUCCAUUGCAUACCAUACUGUUUAAUCUGAAUUCAUGUGCUCUGUCUCUGAAGUUUUAAACAAUAACUAGCCAAACUCACUACAAAAUAUGCUACAGUGCCCAGUCAGCCAUCCCGAUCUGUUAAUCAAGAAACAAUUAACAGGACAGUAACACUUUCAGUAAGAGCACAUAGUGAAUAUCAAACUGGAAACUUGUCUGAGCUCUGCAAACUUAACUGAAAGCUUUCAGCUUGAAACAGGACGCAACAUAUGCUGUUUGCUACAAGAAGAAUCACUGAAGAAUUCAGUGAAGAUUGUUUAAUCUUGGACUGUAAGUCUGUCUAUUUUUGUAAGGAUAAGCUACAUUUGAGUCAUGUGGGAAAUCAAGUGAUGGGAGCCUAUUUGACUAAACUGGUUAAAUCCUUUUAGGGUAGACAGUGUAUCUAAUUCCAGCUCAAGUAAUAUUUACUUGAAAUGUUUCUUGAUUAAUGUUCAAAGUCUUAAUAAUAAAAUAGUUGAGUUAGAA